AUGAACAGCCUGGCGCAAAACAUCAGCCCAGUACAGUCAACUCUCGGGCGUUUGGACCUCGAUUCGGGCGGGUCCUCGCUCGUGCCGUGUUCGUCCUCCGCACCGGCUUCCGCCAGGACCUGCACGACCUCAACCUCAACGGCGGCCGCACUGAUUCUCUCUGUCAGCGGGGGUGACAAUCGAACCGCCGCCAGUACAACCCUCGUCGUCGGGACGGCCACCAUGGAUGAGGGACAGCACCCCCACGACUUCCUCUCCACCUCCCUAUCGUCGCCCGUCGCCUCCUCGGUGGCCGCCAAUUAUCUCCUGCACCAGCACCACCUGCACCAGCAGCAUCUGGACCAGCAGCAGCUCCAUUCGCAACCGCUCAACCCGGACAGCCGUCCGGCGGCAGGCGGUGACGGUUCAGGUCCUUCUGUGGGCCCUUCCACUGGGAGCAAUGGCGUCGUUUCCAACGGCUCCAAGCAACUUCGCAGCAGUGGCAACGUUGGCGGCAACCCGACAACAGGAACGUCCUCGCCGGAACCAGCAGGAUCCAUCGCCAACGCAUCGCUGACCCAUGCGAACCCUUUCCACACGGGCAGUUCGUCCUCGGCCACGGCCCUAUCGAACGACUUCUACCCCGAGUACCGGAUCAGUUCCGAGUAUCGGCUCAAUUCCCACCACCACCAUCAUCAUCACCAUCACCACCCGCAUCAUCAUCACCACCACCAUCCGCAUCAUCACGCACCACAUCCCCGGGACCUCUGGACGGCCGCGGCGGCUGCGGCCUCGCACGAAAGCAUCCUGGACGAGAGCUGCGAUAGUUACAGCCUGCGCCAUGGCCACGGGACGAAAAACAUUCGAAACGAGCGUUCGGCGUUUUUCGAUUUCGCGACCACCCCCGCGACAGCACAUCCGGCCGCCGCUGCCGCCGCCUACUGCUACCGGCUUUCCACGCCACCUCAGCUAGUGAAGCGCGAACCAAACGAUGUUUCGGCAGCAGCCGCCUGGCAUUCCUACUCCGAACGGAUGUUCUCCGAUCCGCUGUACACCUCGCUGAAGCUGCAAUCCCAACAAUCCUCGCCUCCGCAGCUGGUUCCGCAACACUCGAUCUUUCCCGACUCCACGUCACACCUGGCCACGGCAGCUGCAGCAGCGGCCGCAUCUCUCGAACACCAUCAGCACUCGCUGGUCGUCGGCGCACAUGGUGUAGGCCAGCAGGUGUCGAGCGAUGGCUCGCAAGCGACCGAUCCUUUUCUUCACCAGCCUGGCUCAGUGGGCGGAAGUUACGCCUACCGCCAACCAGCGGACAUUGUGACGUCAAGUGAAACCGACUACUGCAAUGCCGCAGGAUCUUCGGCUUCGAUCGGUAGCAUCACCACGACGACGAAUCCCUCACCAUUGAGUGCACUGCAGCAAACCGGAGGAAACGGUCCAUUACAUCAGCGAAGAGGUUCGCUUCAGCUGUGGCAGUUCCUAGUAGCGCUGCUCGAUGAACCCACGUCCAGUGCUGGGUGCAUCGCCUGGACAGGCCGUGGGAUGGAGUUCAAGCUGGUCGAACCAGAAGAGGUGGCACGUCGUUGGGGAAUCCAGAAGAACCGACCCGCCAUGAAUUAUGACAAGCUGUCGCGCAGCCUUCGCUAUUACUACGAGAAAGGUAUCAUGCAGAAGGUAGCCGGCGAGCGGUACGUCUACAAGUUUGUCUGCGAUCCGGAAGCCCUUUUCAACAUGGCCUACGGUACGUCUGGAGGCCAGGGAAACCAAUCGUGCACGGGAACCCCCGGAAUGGACGGAACUCUCACGCAUGGAGGCCAUCAUGUCGGCCAAAACGGUGCGUCUUCGUCCUCACCAAACUGUCACAAUUCAGGGGCUGGUGGAGGACAGCUCGUUGGAGGCGAUCCUGCGGAUGAUGUAGACCGUAAUCCUUACUUCAAUGGCAGCUCCACGGUGUACAAUCAAAGCGGCUAA